GAGCUGUUUUCCAGCGUAUUCAUUAUCAUGCAACGGUAAAUAUCUUUCUACGCGCCGCUUUUCGUCUCUCAUUUUUUUAAUUCUUACUAUUAUUUGCCCCUUCCGUGCUCGUUCAUCAUGCCCAACAAGAACAUCGCCAAGAUGCGUGCACGCGCCAACGCAAGCCCUCAGCGUCUCUCAGAGGAAGAAAAACUGAAGCGCCGCGAAGAGCGCGAGGCGAAGAAGUCCGCCAUUCCGACGUGGCUUGUGUGGUCGAUGGCGGUGAUCAUGUUUGGCUCCGUCGUAGUGAACAUUUACUUCGCGGUGGUGACGUCUCCCAAGAUGAGUGGGUAA